ACAUAACUUCGCGGCCCCCAUCCAGUUCCAAGACAGCCAGUGACACGCGCUUCGGCCCAGCAUCAUCAUCAUUACACUUGAAAGAAACUAAAGCCAUGGCACUGCCCAGAGUCUUCUUCGACAUCACCGCCGGAGACAAGGAACUUGGAAGAGUGGUAAUGGAGCUGAGAGCUGAUGUUGUCCCCAGAACUACAGAGAACUUCAGGCAGCUGUGCACCGGGCAGCGUGGCUUUGGCUUCAAAGGGUCCAGCUUCCAUCGUAUCAUCCCCAGCUUCAUGUGCCAGGGAGGUGACUUCACGAAACACAAUGGAACUGGUGGAAAGUCCAUUUAUGGCAACAAGUUUGAGGAUGAGAACUUCACCCUGAAGCACACCGGCGAUGGCAUCCUGUCCAUGGCCAACUCCGGCCCCAACACCAACGGUUCCCAGUUCUUCAUCUGCACAGGGCAUUCUUCAUGGUGAACAGAAGCGGCUGGAUGGUAAGCACGUGGUCUUCGGAAAGGUUGUGGAGGGCAUGGAUAUCGUCAAGGAAAUGGAACGCUAUGGUUCCGACUGUGGAAAGCCCAAGGCCAAGAUAGUCAUCGCUGACUGUGGCCAGCUGUAAACACCUCAG